UGAGAUGAGGGGGGAAGAGGGAAGCCAGGUUUCCUGUGUUCAGAGGAAUGGUUUCCUCCACCUUGAAAAUUCUGAUCUUGCAAAGUAAAAGGAAUGAAGCCACCAACCAUGAACACAGAGCACUGGCACUGGUGUAUUGCCAACUGAGUUUGAGGGCCCCUUGACUCCAGCUCCAACAGUCCUUUGCCCAGUGCAGCCCAGCCUCACUGACUUCCCAGGACCCCAGGAAAGAAGCAAACCCCAUCAUCAUAAAAUAACAGGAUGUGAAAAUCAGCUGGCAAGGAUGAGAGAGCCAUCUUGCCCACCUGUCAUUUUAGAGAUGAACAUAAACAGUUUGCCUGUGAGAAUCUCCAAUCCCUGACACACUGCAAAUGUUUGCAUAUAAAAACGAGGUGCCUGAACUCAUACCUUGAUAAAUAGUAAAAUUCCUCUCCUGUCCCCACUUUGAUCUGGAGUUCCCAUCCCAUCUCCAUUGGAAAUGGCAUGUGAACUGCUUAUUCCAAACCCAGAGGAGCAAAGGUAAUUUGUAUCAGCAGAACAGUGUCAAAAUUGUUCUGAUCAAAAGGUGACAGUACUCCACACCUGGGCAAGUAGUUGCAAUAAAUGGUAGAAAUGCUCCUACCUGGUGCCCUGGCCUUGGCAGACUGGACUCCAGCUAAGCCCCCAAGAGGUUAACUGAACACCUUCACCCCAAACUGCCUGGUGCCCUUAUACAGCAGUUUAUACCCCCAAAAGGGCUUGGGCUGACCUAGGAUUAGGGUGUCAGUAGUAGUGCUGCCCAGUCCCAUGGAGGGGAAUGAGUGGGGAUAAAGAUACCAAUGGAGGGGUUGCUGUACUCAAAAAUCUGGUCCCCACUUGGUUUACCUCAGUUUACCACCAGGGGUUACAGUGCAGAACUGAUAACCGUAGACUUUUGGGAUAAGAAUAUAGGGGAAGAAUAAGAUGAUUGGGAUUGGUUUUGACAGCCACAUGGUCUUGUCAUGAUGGCUCUAUAGACCAUGAAGUCCUAGACUACUCUGGCUUCAUUCAAGGACACUGUCACAUGCACUUGCACCUCCUUAACCUACAGUAUCUGGGAAACAGCAUGUUGUCUGCCUAGCGGCAGUCUAACCUGAUCAGCAGACCGACCUGAGACUAAAGCAGCCCCAGCAGUGAGCUGAGUGUCUUGUUGGCUUAGGGUUGUGCUUGGUCCUUCAGGGAAUGGUAUGGAUACCCAACACGUGGAAGGUACACAUGUCAAGGGCACAAAACAGCACACCUUCCUGUGCCUAGCCAGGAGUCUGGAUAGGAUUCUGGUCGAGCACAGCCCCAGAUGCAGCCUGGAGGCAUCACUAAACUGACAGUGGACAUUCUUCCCCACCCAGCCCAAUAAGUGAGCUGUUAGAUCACAGAACUCCAGGGGUCCCAAGGUCACAGAGCAUUUCAGAGGCAGAGCCAUUGUUAGAGCCAGAUUUUGUGGUUCCCAACUCUGGGCAACUUCCACUAUUCAGAGCUAUCUCCAAGGCACAGUAAGAUGUGUGAAUAUUCCUGGGCUUCCACCCACUUUAUCUCUUUUGAUCUUCUAUUUGAAGUAGGAGGGGCAGGAAGUUAAGUCCCGUUUAAUAGCUAAGGAGAUGAAACCAGACAAGCUAACAAUUUGCUCAAUAUUAUACUGAGAGUCGAAAUGCACCUUGUACUUAGGGUCAAGACAUUAGCUGGGGAGGUGAUGUCCCCGUUCCAUCUCAUCCCCAGGUCCCUCACUGAGUCGCAUUCUCCUUCUCUUUCUGUAGUCCCGCCUAAGAUUCAAAAGGGAUUCGGCAACACUAAGGCACUCAAAGGCACCACGAUAACGCUGACUGCGCAAAUCAUGGGCGAGCCUGUGACCAACAACGGCUGGUGCAAGGAUGGAGAGGACAUCGAGGAGGACGACAGGGUGUUCGUCGAGAUCGGCACUGCCACCACAACGCUGACCAUUCUCCGGGCCACACCCCAGGACAGUGGCAAGUACGAGGUGUACGUGGAGAACAGCCUGGGCAUGGACCAGAGCUUCGCUCACGUGGACGUGGCCUCAAAGGGACCCUCAGACCUUUCUCCUUGGCUUCAAGCCUAGGGGUGGAUUGAUGAAUAAAGUUGCUCUCUCUCUGAUUCUGCGUCUCUUCUGUUCUUCACCGUCGCAGUUCCCUCUUCUCGGCACCCCUACACUUAUUCCAGACCCAAA